ACUUUUUAACAACACUGUAUGUUAUUUAAAUUGUAUGCACUUAAUAAUCGUUAAAGUAAUGGUAAAAAUCAAGUCUUUCAUAACUUCAAGUUUUUUUGCCAACAUUGUGCAACAUGAUGUCAAUGUUAGAUUUGCGGUAGUGUAUAAAACAGUGAGUCCACUGAAUCCACUGAUCAUCUAGGUGUAGUAUUGUUAGUGUGAUCGACGAGUAGUGUAACAUUUAUCAUGGAGACAACAGAGCAGUAUAUGCCAUCCGACAUAAUUCCAACACGCAACUACACAAGUGCCUCAGAGAAAAACCUUUGGUGGUAUAUCAAAAGAGUAAAUAAAGAUUAUACUAUGGUGGGUAAUGGUCAAUCACGCCAUGAGGGUGUAUGGCCCCAAGCAUUUCGAACACGACGGUCAUACACUGGAUUAAUGUAUCGCUCCGACCCCCGCGAAAUGUGGACACAGGCUUUGGGAAUAACUCUUGGAAAUAACAACGACAUAGGUGUUUUCGUGAGGUUGACGAACUCGUACUUCUUGGUUGGGGGCGAAGACGAAGCAGAAAAUUUUUGUAGGACUGUUCAAGGCGAUCUGCCUGAAAUCCCUGUGAUACGAACUUCCCUAAGCGGGUGUAGAGUAAUAGGUCGAAUGUGCGUGGGAAACAAUCAUGGUCUUCUUGUACCUGAGGCGAUUUACGACACAGAAUUAGAACACCUUAGAGACAAAAUACCGGAGUCCAUCCAAAUUAAAAAAAUUGAAGAAAGGCUAUCAGCAUUAGGAAACGUGGUUGUAUGUAAUGAUCAAGUUGCCCUGGUACAUCCAGAAUUAGACAAGGAAAGCGAAGAAAUUAUCGAAGAUACGUUACAAGUUGAAGUUUUUCGUCAUGUGAUAGCUAAUAAUCCUCUUGUUGGUUCAUACUGUGUUUUGAAUAAUAAUGGGGGGCUAGUGAACGUUGAUAUCAGUAAAACUGAUCUUGAAGAUUUAUCGUCACUACUAGGGUUACCUCUAAUCCCUGGAACAGUCAAUUAUGGUAACAAAGCCGUUGCAGCGGGGGUAGCGGCAAAUGAUACUAUUGCAUAUGCAGGAAUCAAAACAACAUCAAGAGAAUUUUUGGCUAUUGAAAAGGCGUUCGGGUUACCAGGACGCGGCUAAUGAGGAGACUACAUUAUACAUAUGUAUAUACUUUCGUUUUGUGAUGAUUUUCGCGUAUUUAUUUAUUUAAUUUUGUAUUUUCUGUUGGAAAUAAACGAAUUAUUAUUAUUAUUA